AGUAUGAGGAAUUGCACGUCCAGCUAAUUUUGUAAAUAACGUUCAGGCCUCAGCCGGCGCUUUAGUUUAUUUUCACGAGUAGCUCGUCCUCGAGUGCUAACUGCCAGCUGUACUUCGCUGAGUUGGUAACAGAGACGUUUCUUCGCUGAAGAAGACCUCAAAAACCGAACCACGACAGCUCGUGCAGUCGAAUAACAAUGAAGACUAACCUCACUCUUUGGCUCUGCUGUACUUUACUUGCAGUGGUUCUGAGCAGUGUUAAUGGUGACAGCGCGUCAAAAAAGAGGCUUCAAAUAGGAGUUAGGAAGAAGAUUGCAAACUGUUCUUACCGUGCCAAGAAUGGUGAUGGACUGAGUGUUCAUUACGCAGGACGGUUGGAGGAUGGAACUGAGUUUGAUAGCAGUUACGAAAGGGGCCAACCCCUCAGCCUUACUCUGGGAGCAGGUCAAGUCAUUAAGGGAUGGGAGCAAGGAUUGUUAGGAAUGUGCGUUGGAGAGAAGCGGAAGCUGGUAAUUCCCUCUCAUCUUGGAUACGGUAGCAAUGGCGCUCCACCCAAGAUUCCAGGAGAUGCCACUUUAAUUUUUGAGGUAGAACUUGUUGGUAUUGAUGGACGGCAUGGUGAUGAUCUCUAAGAAUUUAGGACCAAACUCUUGCUCAUUUACUAGUAAGUCUGUAUAUGAGUGUGUGUGUUUGUAUGAUAUUCUGCAUUCCAUUAGCAUUUUUUUAGAGCGAAACAUUAUAUGUUUAUCUUUGCAUUGCAAGGAAAAAUUAGUCAUUUUGUACUCUUUUAAUUUUCUGUGAAAAUUUCCACUUGUGUGGAUUUGAUAGUAAACCAUAUUGGUAAGCCAUUGAUACCAAAAUAAAUAUUUUUACCCAUCUUGA